CAAGCAUCGCGUUCAUCGCGAACUGUCAAUCGCGAAGGUUUUUAAAGUGCUCUCUCGCGAGCUCGCUGAAUCAGUCUUGAGUGAAUCACGAUGGCGGCCGCAGACGUUGAAGUGCUAAAGAACGAUCUACCGCGCACCCUGAAGCUGUCCGGGCACGUGGGCUUCGACAGCCUGCCGGACCAGCUGGUCAGCAAGAGCGUCCAGAAUGGGUUCGUGUUCAACAUCCUGUGCAUCGGCGAGACGGGACUGGGCAAGUCUACGCUGAUGGACUCGCUGUUCAACACCAACUUUGAGUCCCAGCCGAGCCCGCACUCGCUGCCGAACGUCAAGUUGAAGGCGCACACGUACGAGCUGCAGGAGAGCAUGGUCCGGUUGAAGUUGACGAUCUGCGAUACGGUCGGUUACGGCGAUCAGAUCAACAAAGAUGACUCGUUCAAGGCGGUCGUCGAUUACAUCGAUCAGCAGUUUGAGCAGUUCCUGCAGGAGGAACUGAAGAUCAAGCGAUCGCUCUCGGCGUACCACGACAGCCGCACGCACAUCUGUCUGUACUUUAUCUGUCCCACCGGUCACGGCCUAAAGUCCCUCGACUUGGUGUGUAUGAAGAAGCUCGACUCCAAGGUCAACAUCAUUCCGAUCAUUGCCAAAGCGGACACCAUCUCCAAGACGGAGCUGUCCAAGUUCAAGGCCAAGAUCAACGAUGAGCUGCGCAACAACGGCGUCCAGAUCUACCAGUUUCCCACCGACGACGAGUCCGUGGCGGAGAUCAACUCCACCAUGAACUCGCACAUCCCGUUCGCCGUCGUCGGCAGCACGGACUUUGUGCGCGUCGGCAACAAAACCGUACGAGCCCGCCAGUACCCGUGGGGAACGGUCCAGGUCGAGAACGAAGCGCACUGCGACUUUGUCAAGCUGCGCGAGAUGCUGAUCCGCACCAACAUGGAGGACAUGCGCGAAAAGACCCACACCAAGCACUUUGAGCUGUACCGCCAGAAGCGGCUCGAGCAGAUGGGCUUCACCGACGUGGACAGCGACAACAAGCCCGUCUCGUUCCAGCAGACGUUCGAGGCGAAGCGCAGCAACCAUCUGGCCGAGCUGCAGGCCAAGGAGGACGAGGUGCGGCAGAUGUUUGUGGUGCGCGUCAAGGAGAAGGAGGCGGAGCUGAAGGAGAGCGAGAAGGAUUUGCACGCCAAGUUCGACAAGCUGAAGAAGGACCACGCCGAGGAGAAGCGCCGGCUGGAGGAGUCGCGCAAGAAGCUCGAGGAGGAGUUUGUCGAGUUCAACCGGCGCAAGUCCCAGAUGAUGGCGUCGCACACGCUGACGCUGGGCAAGAGCAAAAAGAAAUGAAACCUGUAGAUACCGGGAUGGACGACGCCCCAGUAGGCGGGUUCCGUGCUGGAACUCACUUCCCGAACAAAGGUCGUUCCGCCACUUCAUUUCAAUCUCAUCCAAAAGAAAACAAAAAACCAUCGCCACGCACCAUCAACCACAGAUAAGUAUAUUGUGCAACCGUUCACUACUUUUUGGCCGCCGCUGCUGCUUCAAUUUUGACUUUUUCGACGGGGAAAAGCCUUAGCCUGGAAUGUGUUUUUUUAUUGCACGCGCAGUCAAACUGUGACGACGAGACCAAACUUCAGCUCUAAAGAAACCGUAGAGAGACCUAUUCGAUCGCGUAUAAGUACAAAGUUUUUUGAAAUUGCUAGAACAUUGGACAUUGAAAACAAAACAAAAUGAAGCAAACAUUUUACACUCACCAAUUGGGAAAGGAACAAAAUUUAGCCGAAUAUAGUAAUUUUUAACUAGAGAAAAUUACCUAUUUUUACUCAUCCCCUAAAUCAUCGAUAAACAAUCAUCAGAUUAGAAACGCACAGUCCAAUCUCACCACCAUUCGGGGAGAUUGCCGUCACUUGUGCCGCAUCGUCACGAAACCAAGAAAUCUCUUAGCAGCUUUCGCUUCCAUUUGCCAGUUGGUUGAAAAUAUUAAAUGUAACUGCAGAGAAAGAGAGAGGAAAGACGCUUGACCACCAGACAAAGUAAAACUUACGGCACUACUUAUCAAACCACACAAAGUUAAGUAAAAAUAAUAAAUCUUGUAGAACUAGACAGCACAGUAAGAACAAAGUGAACAAAUUUUGAAAAUUCCAAAUAUUUACCGCUUCUUGUCUAAGGCAUCAGCAGAUACACAAGUUUACUGAAUUUCGUUUUCAAAAAAAUCAAGUAUUAGUGCAUUUAAGCUUAGGUUUAAACGUGUAUUUCAAAUACUUUUCUUUCCAAAAAAA